AUGCUGGAGGAGACUGUGCGGAAGACCAGGAGGCUGAUGGAGAAGGCUUCCAAGAAGCGAUUCUUUGUCCGCUACGAUCCCGAGCUGUUUCCCGAGACUUCAACGAAGAAAGAAAAAGCCAAAUGGCCACAUUCUUACUUGGUAAUUGACAGCCUUUACGAAGGUAGACUCUCGGAGCAACAACGGGUAAAGCUAGUUGAGGCGGUGAAGAAAACUGUCUGGGACAUGAUUAGAGCAAUGGCAAUGAGAGCGGCCACGAAGCUAUCGGCCGCAGGUGGUGCAGGGUUUGUGGCAGGGAACACUCAAAAGGAGGGGCAGAGAUUGCAGGAGGCACAUCAUCAUCAGCAAGCAUCGUGCGGGCGCCCAGGAUGA